AUGUGGAUCGACAUCCAACGGGCCCUUCGUCGCACCAAGAUUCAGUUCUCCGGUGUCGGACCAACGUGCUUUCAGCGCCAAGUUCCCUCGUUUCGACUUCCAGCGACGACCAAGACCGUUCUCCGCCAGCUCAAGACUCAUAUGCGCACCAUGCACUACAACGCGUGGUGCGAUUUGCAGGAUCAAGGUCGCACGGUCGGUGCCCGCGAAGGCCUGGGCAAUGUUUUCUGUCUCGCGGCGGUGGGUUGUUGA